AUGAAGAAGAUAUGGACCAAUGUUCGUACUUGCAGGGGGUUAGAGACAUAUAACCCUAUAUGUAAUGUGAAAUGGGCAGCUAAUAAAGUGAUGGUGGACAUUAGAGCUAAUCCUAACAUUCCAGGAAAGGCUUUAAAUGAAUUGUUGUUUAUGAGAUUUGGUGUUUAUAUGAAGCAGGCUACUCUAUACAGGUUGAAGAAUUAUGUCAUUAAUAUGUUGUUUGGGGGACAUGAUGAGUCCUAUGCUAAGUUGCCAAUGUAUGCUGAAGUUGUGAAAUAUACUAACCUAGAGUCAAAAGGCUUUCUUAGGGGUUGCAGACCUUUGAUUGGUGUUGAUGGAACACAUUUGAAAGGAAACUAUGGAGGUAUCCUUCUGACAGCUGCUGGAUUAGAUGGAAAUAAUGAGAUAUUUCCAAUAGCUUAUGCCAUAGUGGGCCAAGAAGAUAAAGAGACCUGGUCAUUUUUCUUCUGGCAUUUGCUAAACAUUGUCAAAGUGUCUUCAAGGAAGGAUUGGACAAUAAUUUCAGAUAGGCAGAAGGGAGUGGACUUGGCUUUGACUCAACUGUGGCUUGAAGCAGACAGGAAAUAUUGUUGUAGGUAUUUGACUAGGAAUUACAAAAAGUCUUUCCCUGGUCUACUUAUGUACAUAUUGUUUUGGAGGGCCUGUCAUGCCACUUCAUUUUUCACCUUUAGGAAGGCCAUGGAAAGGCUUCAAAAGGAAGGAGGGGAUGAUGUGAUAGAUGAAAUGGUUUGCAGACUUGGCUUCAACUCAACACUUGGGAUAGACAGGUGCAAACCUGUGUUAACUCUACUUGAAGGGAUCAAAAGAGUAUGCAUGGUUAGGCUUGCAACAAGACAUGAAAAUGCCAUGAGUUGGAAAGAUGAUGACAUAUGCCCGAAGAUUGCAAAAUUAGUGAAGGCAUUGGCAAAGCUAGCUCAACUUGCAAGGCUUAUAAGUCAAAGCCUGGAGAAUAUGAAAUACAUGAGGGAAAGAAUCCCAUGUCGGCAUGCAAUUAGAGAACUAGUGGAUGGAAAGUUAGAUCCACAUGAGUACGUAAGUUUGUGGUACUCCAUUAAAACAAACAAGCAAGCUUACAGUGUUGGAAUAAACUCUGUUCCUGAUCAAGACCAGUGGCCAGAAAGUGAAGAUGGGAGAGUUAUAGAGCCACCAAAGAUGAAGAAGGGGAUUGGAAGACCUAGUAGAAACAGAAGAAGAGAAGAAGGUGAGGAACAACCAGGAAAAAUAUCAAAGACUGUGAAAUGUUCUAAAUGUGGGUGCUUUGGAUACAACUCAAGAACAUGUAAAGGGGGGCUCACUGGGAAGAAGUUAAAGGCAAGUGAGCCUGUUGUGAUACAGAAUCCAAGGGUAAGAGAUCCAUCCAAUGCAUCAAAGUCAGCUAAGGAAGCUACUCAGACAAUUCUUACAGCCUCACAAUUGCAGAGCAAAGAAGCUCAUGAUGAUGCUGGACCUGCUAUUGUCAUGUCUUAUUAUUUGGUUUCAGGUUCCUCCGCAAUGCCUUUUGUCUUCUGCUACACAGAAUACGUAGUAGGAAUUCCCGUUGCAGGUGGUUCAUUUGCUUAUCUAAGAACAGGAUUAGGAGAUUUUGUUGCAUUCAUAGCAGCAGGUAACACUCUGUUAGAAGGAAUUGUUGCGAGUGCAGCAGCAGGUUACAAUACACUUAUUUUCACCAAAUUUAUUCUAUUUCAUUACUUUAACCGAAACUCCAUUACAUAUCAUAAGAUGCCAACACAAAUUACUUCACUUUAA